AUGGAAGUGCCAGGUACAGUGAUAGGAGUGUUUACAAAUGUGAUCUCGGUCAACAGUGUUCGCAGCAGCCCUGUCGCAAGGAAGAUGCCUUCAUCUACAUUUUGCAGAUGGCGAAAUGGGAUUCAGACAGCUGAAGUGCUUACCUUUAUUGCUGGAUCGUUGUCCACCAGUGUUAAUGCCCGAGUAACUGAUACUAACUCUGAGGGGUUGGAAUUGAGGAAGAAUGUUACCAAAAAUGAAACUCAGUGCAUGGAAGGCAUGCAUCAUGGAGGCCAAUUCUGCUGUAAGCCAUGUCCUGCUGGCACAUGGAAAGCUGCUGACUGCACAGUUGAUAAGGGCCCACCACACUGUGAGUUCUGCCGAGAAGGGGAGGAGUACACAGAGAAGGAACAUUAUUCUCCUAAAUGCAGAAGAUGUAGAAUUUGCGAUGGAGGACAUGGCUUGGAAGUGGAAAUAAACUGUACCCAGACUCAGAAUACCAAGUGCAGAUGUAAAUCAAACUUUUUUUGUAACACUUCAGUAUGUGAACACUGUGACCCCUGCAGCACGUGUGAGCAUGGAAUCAUUGAGAAAUGCACACCGACCAGCAACACCAAAUGCAAAGAAAAAGGAUCCAGAUCUAAUUUGCCGUGGCUGUGUCUCCUCUUGUUACUGGUUCCAGUAAUAGUUUGGGGGCUGAGAAAAUACAGAUCAUGGAGCAGUAAGAAGCGUGAUUGCCACGAAUCUGCAGCACUAAAUCCUGAGAUAGUGCCAAUGAAUUUAUCAGACAUUGACUUGAGUAAAUAUAUCACUACUAUUGCUGAACAAAUGACAAUACAUGAAGUUAAAGAAUUUGUUCGGAAGAAUGGUAUGAAUGAAGCCAAAAUAGAUGACAUCAAGAAUGACAAUCCCCAAGACACAGCUGAGCAGAAAGUCCAACUGCUUCACAAUUGGUACCAAUGUCACGGGAAGAAAGACGCAUAUAAAGCUAUGAUUAAAAGUUUCAGAAAAGCCAAUCUUUGUGCUCUUGCAGAAAAAAUUGAGGAAAUAGUCCAGAAGGACAUGACCAGUGACCAGGAAAAUUCAAACUUCAACAAUGAAAAUGAAAGACAAAGCUUGGCCUAG